AUGGUCCAUCCCCUGGUGCUCAGCCUGCAGGAGAGGCUUUCUUUUAAAUAUGGUUUCUCCCAGGUGCAGCUUGUUGGUUUGGAUGAAGAGAGCUCAGAAUUCAUUUGCAGGAACACCUUUGAUCACCCCUACCCCACCACAAAGCUGAUGUGGAUCCCAGACACCAAGGGAGUCUACCCAGACCUGCUGGCCACCAGUGGUGACUACCUGCGAGUGUGGAGGGUGGGUGAAACUGAGACCCGGCUGGAGUGUUUGCUGAACAACAACAAGAACUCGGAUUUCUGUGCUCCACUGACGUCAUUUGACUGGAAUGAAGUGGAUCCUUACCUGUUAGGUACCUCUAGUAUUGACACAACCUGCACUAUUUGGGGUCUGGAGACAGGACAGGUUCUGGGAAGAGUAAAUUUGGUGUCUGGCCACGUGAAGACCCAGCUUAUUGCACAUGACAAAGAGGUGAUGGGGGAUUUUGAUNNGUUCGCCUCGGUGGGCGCCGAUGGCUCGGUCAGGAUGUUCGACCUGCGGCACCUGGAGCACAGCACCAUCAUCUACGAGGACCCCCAGCACCACCCGCUGCUGCGCCUCUGCUGGAACAAGCAGGACCCCAACUACCUGGCCACCAUGGCCAUGGAUGGCAUGGAGGUUGUGAUUCUAGAUGUCAGAGUUCCCUGCACCCCUGUUGCCAGGUUAAACAACCACAGAGCAUGUGUAAAUGGAAUAGCCUGGGCACCUCACUCUUCCUGCCACAUCUGUACAGCAGCGGAUGAUCACCAGGCUCUCAUCUGGGACAUCCAGCAGAUGCCUCGUGCCAUCGAGGACCCCAUCCUGGCCUACACAGCCGAGGGAGAGAUCAACAAUGUACAGUGGGCAUCCACCCAGCCAGACUGGAUAGCCAUCUGCUACAACAACUGCCUGGAGAUCCUCAGAGUCUAACUUUGCAGCUUGGUGCACACUGAGGCAGGGCUGUGUCCUUCCCCCUCCCCUCUAAAGUAAGAACACCACCAGUCAAGUGGCCAGUAUCUGUUGUUGCUUUGCAUCUGCUGUUACAAGAAACUGUUACAAGAAUCGAUGGCAGGGGUCUCCUGUCUCUCAAGACUCUAAAAUGCAGAGACGUGCUGAGCCUCUUGGAACUUCUGGGUUCUGGUUUUCUUGUGAAAUUCUUUUUUUUUCCCUCAGUAAAAGUUCUGUAUAUUUGUUUGUUGACUGUAUUAAUAAGCUUGCAGGCUUUUAAGUUGCUGCAUAUGUCCAUGUGUUUGUCAGCCAGCUGAGGCAGCACAUCCACCAGUUUAACAGAUGCAGGUGCAAAACAAGGUGGGGGGAAAAAGACAAUGAUGUUAACGGCCACCUUGGCAGGAAUCUUUAUCAUUCCUGUUGUUGCUGCCUCUAAACUGUUUAAACGUUUGUAUGUUUUUUAUAUAUUGGGCUAACUUUCUAUUGAGUAAGGUUUUUCUCCCUAAUUCUUACUUUUGAUAUGUGAUCCACUUCCAUAUGUCCAAAGCAGGACCUGUUCAUGGAUACAAACCACAGUAACACUGCAGGCUCCCUGGCAGUAAAGGCCUGCCAGAAUUAACUGUUGCCUUGGCUCCCUGUAUCUGGUGACCUGGGCAGAAUUUUCUGGUGCUGUGAAGUACAAGUACUUGUUGCACAAUUUCUUUACACUUUUCUGAUGCUCAAGGCAGUUGUUACUAUGGUAGGUCUUAUUUUUAAAUUCUAACUGAGUUUGUGUGUAUCCUGCAGUGGUGUUAGCAAACAGAGCAGUGAUAGGUUGAGAAUGAAGAUCUGUGCAUGACAUGAGCUCCCAGGAGGUAAACAAUUCCUGAAAAAAUGUAUUUGUAAUGGGCUUGGGAUUGACACUUCCAACCAAAUUAUUUCCCCUUGGAAGACUUACCUUAUCUAAAUCAAAAUAAAAUGGUUUCACACUUUGUA